CUCUCCCCGCUUCUCCACUGUGGGCUGGGCACCAGGGAGAGGAGGGCUUCUGUGGGUUGCUCCAGGUGAGACGAGUCUGAGCUCUUACCCUCCCGCCCCUCUCUCCGUCCCUAGCUCUGAAUCCCCCUCCAGCUUGACUGGUUGAGAGGAUCUAGUUUGACAAGGGGGCGGGAGGGCUGAGGCAGAGAGAAAUCGAGACAAAAAAACCGUAACAAGGAUGAUGGUUUAACUUGGAAUGGGUUGGAGAAUGAGCAGCAGAGUCUUUGUAGGAGAUGUAAAUGACAUGCAAAUUCAAUGCAAAUGCACGGACAAUCCACCUCACUCUUUCACACUCACGGAUCGGGCUCGGUGGAAGCCCCUGGAGCAUGGGAUUUGUUAUUGCAGUGACGGGGUAUAUGUGGGGCAGUUUGGAGGGCCACAGAGGGGUCUCCUGCUUCCGCUCCUCCCCGCCGUCCCAUAUCCCCCCAUCUCUGGACACUGGUUGGGUGGUUUUCAAUCAGAGCUCCAAGGCCAGGUGUUGGAUGGAGACUCAAGCAGCCCAGGCUUCCCCAGCCCAGGGGCACCUUGAAUUUGGCUGCAUGCCAAUGGGCAGAGCGGGCAGGAAUGUUCCUCAAUCUCAGGCACCUCGGUGACAACUGUCUCGAUUUCCGAGCUCCAGAGGGCCCAGGGUUGUGGCCCUUGCCCUGUGCCUGUCCCUCCGCUGUCCCUCCCCGCCCCUCCCCCCACCAGAGCCAGGCUGUGUGCAUGUCAUGUGGCUGAAUCUGCUCCUCUCCGUCUGGGGGCAAUCCCGGUUUUUCCCAUCUGUCUGCAGAAGGUGCAUGGCUGGUGGCAUCUGUCAGCCAGCUCGUUAGUCCAGACGUGUGCCAAUGUGAGCCGAACAUGGGGCUGCCGGCUGCCUGCCCUGUGACUGGCACGGCCAGGCCUUCCCGUGUGCCCUCAAACUGGCACCAGAGACUCCUCCCAGGCCUGCCUCUCACCUGGGCUGCCUCUGGUCCCUACCCUAGACCCACUGGCUGGGCAUUAGGUCCCUUUCCCUCCGAGUAUCAAGCCCCAAUCUCCAGGUCCCCGGACCUCACAUUCUCGCCCCACCUUAGCAUCAGAUUUGCCCCUCUCCCUGGAUAAACUGGCUGGGGACCAACGGGACCAAAGCCCUUACCCUGUAGCCCUCGGGGAGGGAGGAGCAGUGGGCAGAGACAUUUGAAUAGGAGUAGCUGGGGCCGGAAGAGCUGGACUGGAAGAGGAGUUGCCCUCUACCCUUUGCUAGCCAGGGGAACCCCCUCCAUCUUGUCCCAGGUUGCCCACCCUAGCUGCACUGAGGGCUCCUGAACCCAAGGGCAUCGCUGCUCACCCUUGGAACCUGGAGGCUUUUCCUUUCGGCUGUCUUGGGCAUCCUCUGACCGACCGAUGGCUGGCUGGUGGCCGGAUGGAGGACGAGUCCCUGUCUUUGUGGCUAGCCAUAGCCCUGGGGAGUUGUCCUCUGUGCCUCCAGCCAGGACAUUGCCUUCUCAGCUUGGUACCUAUUUGGGGCUUGGAGGGUGAAAGUGGGGGGCAGGAGAGACCCUAUUUCCUGCUCUUCCAUAGCCAUCCAGGUUAGCCUCCUUUGAUUCCUGGAGUUGGAGUUUCUACCCCUCCCCCUGCCAGACACCCAGGACACCUGGAUUGCUUGGGGCAUAGGGUGCCCUGGGGGCCGGGAUUCCUGGGUCCCACUCCUGUCUCAACCCCUCCUCUACCGUGUGACCUCAGGCAAUCCCUGCCCCCUCUCUGGGCCUCCUGGCAAAGCUGAGAACAAAACCAGGCCUCCACACCCUUCCAACCCCUGCCCACUCAAGCCCCAAACUGCCAAGGGGAAGAUGGGAGAAGAAGUUAGUUAACAUCCAUAGAGAUACUCCCCCUCCCCGGGUGCAGCCACCACACAGUCUCCUUUCUGCUUGUUUCUCUCCUCCUCCUUCAGAUCCACCUGGGUUAAUUUCCGUAAGGGCUGCUCACGGCCUCCGCAAGGCCGGGGGUUGUUACUGUAGGGUUGAUACCAGCCAGGGGGACGUUGCGGUCGGCCUGGUUAUUGUGGGGUUGCUCUGCGGGGCCCCUUCCUGCUCCCCCCUCCCCACCCCCGUGCAGUAUCUGGAUCCAGCUGUUUCUUUGGGAAAGAGUUCGCCCCGUUGAAGAUUUACCAGAGCCCGACCCGAAGAGAAGCGCUCAGGAGAGCUCACCGGCAUGGGGCCGGGGCCCAGACGGCCGGCCCCUGGUCUUCAGGAACUGGAGACUCUGGAUAGAGCGUUCUCGUCACCACUGCCCUCCACCCUGACCACCAGCUCACACUCCACGCUUGUUUCCCAAGGCCUUCGGACAGCAGCGGCGCUGGGCCUGCCCGCCCGGGAUCAGGACGGGUGGAACCUGGAGCUCCCCGGAGGGUCCAACAAGCGGAGCCCCAGGUGGGGGCCGAGGAGGCCAAGAGGAGGCAGGGACGGCCCUGAGGGCCCACAGAAAAGAGACUCAGGUCCCUGACGGGUUCCGAGCUGGCUGGUGUCAUCGGAUGGGCCCGAUCCACCCAGACCCCUGGGGUCUGCUACCCGUGGGACCCCCGUCCCCCUUCCCCCAACCUCCCAGCAAAGUCCUCACACCAGACCCCUCGCGGCUCCAAAUGAAGGGUGUUUGGGCUGAACCAGACCAGAGCCGGGACCUCUGGGAGGGAAACGGCCAGCGGACCGUUUAUUGACUUGUCGUUCCCGUCUCCCUAGGGCACGACACUCUGGUCCUGGGGGCACCGGCUUGUGGGGGGGAGGGUUUGACCCUGUGGCACGUCUGAGGGGGACCCCACGCCACCUUCAAACCCUCUUUAAACCGAGCGACGCAUCUAUCAAGCUCUUGACAAGUCCUCAGGGCUCGACAGCCACCACCGCAUGGAAAGGAAUAUAAAUAAAACAUGCUCCCCUCUCCGCUCCCGGCGCCCAGCGGCCUGCACUCUGAGAAGCUCCCAGGACGCCGGGAAGGUAAUCCACAUCAACAAGGUGCAGCAUCAGGCACUGCGGGCCGGGCUGGCCGAGAUGGUUGCUCUGCCCUGCCUCUUCCUCCUCCGCUCCCCCACCUCGCUGGGCCCAAACACCUCCCACGACCCACCCAGGGUCAAGUGGACCAAAGUGCGCUCAGCGUCAGGGCAGAAGGUGGAGGUGCCCAUCCUGGUGGCCAAGGAGAAGGUGGUGAAGGUGGUGCGGGGCUACCAGGGCCGGGUGAGCCUGCCUGGCUAUCCCCAGAACCGCACCAACGCCACCCUGGUGCUGGGGCCCCUGCGGGCAAGCGACACGGGGCUCUACCGUUGCGAGGUGGUGGCUGGCAUUGACGAUGAGCAAGACCUGCUGCCCUUGGAAGUGACCGGUGUGGUCUUUCACUACCGAGCUGCCAGCAACCGCUACACGCUGAGUUUCCCUGCGGCCCAGGACGCCUGCCGUCGCAGCUCGGCCGUCAUCGCCACCCCCGGCCACCUGCAGGCUGCCUUCGAGGACGGGUAUGACAACUGUGAUGCGGGCUGGCUCUCCGAUCACACUGUCAGGUACCCCAUCACUCUGUCCAGGCCUGGUUGCUAUGGAGACCGCAACAGCCUACCCGGGGUCCGGAGUUAUGGUCUGCGGGACCCCCAGGAGCGCUAUGAUGUUUAUUGCUUCGCUCGGGAACUGAAAGGCGAAGUGUUCUACGUGUCCCACCCCCGCCGGCUGACCCUCUCCGGGGCCCGGGCUCACUGCCAGAGCCAGGGCGCCACUCUGGCGACCGUUGGCCAACUCUACCUAGCCUGGCAGGAGGGGUUGGAUCAGUGUGACCCAGGCUGGCUGGCCGAUGGCAGCGUGCGUUACCCCAUCCAGACUCCACGGAAGAAGUGUGGUGGGGAGGAACCCGGAGUGAGGACCCUGUACCAGUUCCCUAACCGAACAGGCUUCCCGGAACCCUCCUUGAAGUUCGAUGCUUACUGUUACAGAGCCCACUACUUGGCUCCCCCGACUCAGCUCCCGGAGCAUCCCGCCUGGGCCCCAGGGGCUGGAUCCCAGCCAGAGGAGUUGCCCAUUCUGAGCCUGGAGAACAUUCUACAGGAACACGGCCCCGCCCCAUCCCCCGGAGGGCUCCCGGGCCCCGACGGGGACGAUCUCUUGGUCUCCGGUGACUCCCGGGAUGGGACGGGACAGGAACACCCGACCCUGAAGCCCCGCCUCUUGGCCCCACCGCACCCUGAGGACGAGCAGCUGCAGCCGACGACUGCCACCCCCUCGGGGAUGGCCCAGGUGGAAGAAGGCCACUUGCUGGACCCCUACCAGGCCAGGUUGGGGAUGGGUGCAGGGAGCGGGACCCCUGCGUCUCUUGCAGAUAGGGCCGAGACAGCUGGGAUCACAUCCUUGGUGCCGGAUCCUGAACUGGAGGAAGAUCAGUGGCAGAAUAUGGUGGACCAGACCCCCAGGUGGAGAGACAGCACUCUACAUCCACCUCCCGAAGCCACAUCCCAGGAACCUCAGGGUCCCGGCUCCACUACCAUCUCAGAAGGGGGCUCGUCUGUCCCUAAGGGUCUGGGGCCCACCCAGCUCUGGGUCCCUGCUGCUAUCACGGAAGUGGCCGGGCCCAGGGCCAGGGAGUCAACCCUGAGCAACAGCUCUGGAGGUCUGGGUAGCCCAGGCCCAGAGGGUUUCCCAACAUCCCUGCCAGAGGGAGCCCUGGGAGUCACCGGGGGGUUGGGCAUGGAAACAGUUGACCCCAGCAAACCAGGGACCACCACAGCUGCCCCAGGGAGCCCCGAGACCACCAGGCGAGGCCGCUACAAAGGGCUCAAUGGACGAUACUUCCAGAAGGCGAGGGUGGCCCCUAAGAGGAAGUGGGGCAGCGGGAGAGGCAGCACUGCAGCACCCUUGGAAACCAAAGCAGCUGGAAACCACAUGGAGAACCCCUCUGUUCUGGCCCUUGGACCCCCCAGCAUUCCCGAGACCUCUUCCCUGUCCAAUGAGGUGGACCAACUCAAUUCCGACGUGCCAGGAUCCGAGAAAUCAGGGAGCCCACCUAGCCUCCUGACCUCUGUGUCUGACCUCGAGGAGAGAGAAGACCCAGAAAUGAUCAGAAAUCCAGCCCUGGCUCCUGAAGAAGGCAACCGGCCCUCACUGACGCAGCCCGAAGAGCGUCCAGUCACCAGUGUCCAGGAGCCAAGAGCCUUCCCGGUCCCAACCCAAGAGCCAACAUCAUCAGCCAACACCGACAGCUGGGCAGCAAGUCUAAGCCCUGAUGCUCCUCUGACAGUGGCAACCCUAGAUCAGGCUGGGGGUGGGCUCCUCUGGCGCCUGAGGGACACUGGGACACCAAGACAGACAGACAGCCCUCCUAGCCAAUAUGCCACCCGGUACCCGUUGCCCACCAGUAGUGGUGUGCUGACCGGAAGAGCAGAGAGCAGCUCCCGCCAAUGGGUCCAGGGGGAGGAUUCCGAGGUCUCCUCUGGGGAGGCCCGUGUCAGCAAAGAGGUGGAUGUGCCCGUCCUGGCCAUGCUGCGGGCUCCCAAGCCCUUCCCGUUGUCCUCACUCUCUCCUACCCCAGGGACCUCCCUUCCUCAAGAUUUCACCCCACCCAGCAGAAUGACACCAGGGGCCUCUCUGCAGGAGCCCCAGGGGGAACCCAGCGAAAUUGCUAUCUUCCCAGAGGAUCCCACAGCUUCCCAGACCCAGCAUGUCAACUGGAGUUCCACAGGCACCCAGGACCCCGGAUGGGGCAGAAGUGGGCAAGAGAGAAUUGGGGAAGAGUCUCCCACCCCUCCAGCGCCCCUCACAAUGGACAGGCGGGAAGAGUCAGUCACUGAAAUUGGAUCCCCCUACAGAGGGCAGGAGGCACGCCAGGUUGGACAAGACCAAGACCCCGAUCCGCCUUCCCUUCUCAGCGAGACGGAGACCACUGUGCCCGGAGCUACCUCCUGGCAGGGUACCGGGGUGGCCCUGGCAGGGACAACCGCUUCGGUACCCCAAGAGGAGACUCCAUCCACCAUCCUGCUGGCCUCCCAUCCCAUGAACAGAGUCGGCGGUGACCUUGACUCUCUGCCUCCCAUCAGGAUCACCGCAGACCCCUCCACGACCCCUGGCUACCUGGCUACCGAAGCGACCGAAGAAGCGGAGGUGGAGAUGGAGGAGAAGGAAGAGGUUGAGGAAGAAGAGGAAGGACCUGGCUUUCACACGGUGGCUACUUCCUCUGCGUAUGCUGUCCAAAGCCAGACCCCAGCUAGUUCCACCUCGCAGUCCGGGCCCGAUGAGCCCAGCCCCGGACACCUCACCUCACGGAACCCCCUGGAGCCAGAGUCGGCCCCCUGGAGACCCCAGCCAGAAAGCAGAACCGAAGGCCUUCUAGAGUCAUUUUGGGCGACCCCAGACCCUACCCAAGCCAACUCACUGGCCGGGCUACCUGCCCAAGAGGGUGGCCCCUCGGGAGAACCCGUGCUUGCUCCAGAGCCAUUGAACUCCUGGACCCCAAAGUCUCUGAGCCCAAAUGGCCCAGAGGAAUCAGGGGGCCGAGUUCUCCAGGGAACCCCGACCAGCAUCCCAGAGCAGGACAUGGACGAUGCCUCAGGGGAAGGCAGAAGAGAGUUGCCCAGUCCUCUGGGGCUCCCGGCACCCCACCCCACCACCAACGGCUUGCUCAGCAGCAGCGAGGAGACCCUGCGCCCCAGUGAGGCUUUGCCAGAGCUACCUGAGACCCUGCUCUCCCUGCAGCCAGGACUCGGGGAGGGUGGGGAGCCCACUGGCCCCGAGGGUAAGACCCUGCCUGAGGAGGGCUCAGAAGAACCCACCACGGACGAAGGGAGCUAUUCCCUCGGGCCAGAAGGGGCAUCCCCCGAGGAGGCUGAGCGGGGCCCCGUGACAGAUUCCGGUGGCUUGGCCCUGGGGGAGGAGGCCGGGAGUGGACCAGAGGACCGGAUGCUGCCUAUGGCAGAGGAUUUGGAGAUCCCAUCCUGGACCCUGGAGAGUAACCUGAGCACAGAAUCCUGGCCCGAUCCUUGCAAGAACAAUCCCUGCCUGCAUGGAGGGACCUGCCAGCCCAACGGUACUGUCUACAGCUGCAACUGUGGCCAGGGAUUCACCGGAGAGAACUGCGAAAUUGAUAUCGACGACUGCCUGUCCGGCCCUUGUCAGAACGGCGGCACCUGCAUCGAUGAGAUCAAUUCCUUCGUCUGCCUCUGUCUGCCCAGCUACGGAGGGAGCGUCUGCGAGAAAGACACAGAAGGCUGCGACCACAAUUGGCACAAGUUUCAGGGCCACUGCUACCGCUACUUUGCUCACCGCCGUGCCUGGGAGGAUGCCGAGCGGGACUGCCGCCGCCGGGCUGGCCACCUCACCAGCAUCCACUCCCCAGAGGAGCACGGCUUCAUCAACAGCUUCGGGCACGAGAACACGUGGAUCGGAUUGAAUGACCGGAUCGUGGAACGGGAUUUCCAGUGGACCGACAACACCGGCCUGCAAUACGAGAACUGGAGGGAAAACCAGCCAGAUAACUUCUUUGCGGGAGGGGAAGACUGCGUGGUGACCGUGGCCCAUGAGAGCGGCCGCUGGAACGAUGUGCCCUGCAACUACAAUCUCCCCUACAUCUGCAAAAAAGGAACAGUGCUGUGUGGGCUGCCCCCAGCUGUGGAGAACGCCUUUCCCCUGGGCUCGAGGAAGGACAAGUACAGCAUCCACUCGACUGUGCGCUACCAAUGCGAGGAGGGCUUCCUGCAGCACCACCUGCCCACCAUCAAGUGUCACAGUAACGGGAAGUGGGAUCGGCCCAAGAUCGUCUGUACAAAACCUAGGAGAUCCCACAGGACCCGGCGCCAUCACCGCCAUCACCACCCGCAUCACCAGCACCACCACCACAAAUCCCGCAAGGAGCGGAGAAAACACAAGAAGCACCCCAAGCUGGACUGGGAGGAGGAGGAGGAGGAGAGUAACUUCUGCUGAAGGCCAAGGACUCCCAGCCUUUGGACUCUGGGCAUGUCUAAGCCCCAUCAACUUCCCCCAGCCUGCCUGUUGCAAAAGAGUCUGUUUUUCUAUCCCUCCCUUCUCCCCUCGCCCCCAUAGCAGGCAUUGGUGGUCCCACGCCCCCGAAAGUCUUUUUCCCUCCUCCCUGCUUCCUCCCUCCCUCCAUCCCUCCUUCCCUCUCUCUCCAGCUGCGGUUGGGGGACGGGGGAGAGGAGAGGCUGACGGGUCCCUUAUGUUUCCGGUCUUUUGCUGGUUGAAUAGAAUCGCAUAAAACUUGAAGUAGUAACUCCCACCUGUGAUCGUAUAGUAGAAAGGUUUGCAGUAUUAAAAGGAAAAUACAAAACAGAUUUUAAACAUAAAAA